AUGAAUCCCGUUUUAUAACCUCCUAGAUAUCUAAAAUAAAUAGCUCCUUCUCAAUUUAGGAGUUUAAAUUAAUUAAAUGUUCCUCAUGAAGAAAUUGAAGAGAAAGGAUUUUUGACCAAAUAUGUUUAAAUCUUAAAAAAGAAUGCAAAUGGAUCAGUUAUAAGCACAGCAAAAAUUGUUAAUAUUUUGAAAUUGCAUUAGUUAUUGAGAAAUUAAGAUCAACUUGAAACUCUGAAAAAAUAUUUUGAAGAUCACUUUCCAUAUAUAGGGAAAUUUAAGGACAAACUUGAUGGUAAUAAAUGUUUGGACAUUUUUAGAUUUAUGACAGUUGAAAAGUAUAAAGCAUUUAAUAUAAUUUUUCGUUAAGGAGAACCAGGAAGAAAAAUGUAUUUUUUAUUAACAGGGGAAGUGGGAAUAUUUGUUCCAAAAUCGAAUCAAAGUUAGGAAGUCUAAAACUUGAUUUGCCAUGAUUUUAAGGACAUUCAAGAAAUUCAGUUUUAAGAGUUUAGAUUAGUUGCCAUUAAAAAAUUUGGAGAAGUCUUCGGAGAAAUUGCAAUUGAAUAAAGGGUCACUAGAACUGCAACCGUAGUAGCUAAAACUGAUGUUUUUGUGGCACAGCUAUCCUAUGAAAUGUAUUAAGAUGUGAUUGGAAAGCAUCAAAAUGAAUUGACUGCUUAAAAGCUUUAGUUUAUUAAUACUAUUCCACUUUUCUAAGACUGGGAACAGAAACAAAAAUUAAUAGCCUUGUCUAGCUUUGAAUAGAAUACAAUUAAUUGUGGGUAGAGUAUUUUUUCAACCGGAUAUUUAGAUGAAUAUAUUUAUUUAGUGGUGACUGGAGAAGUUGAAAUCAUUAAAUUUAACAAGGUUCAAUCCAGUUUGUCAUAAAAUUAAAUAAAAAAGUUAUAAAUUAUUGCCAUUAUUAAUUCUGGGUAAUUUUUUGGUGACUAUGAACACAUAAAUAAUAUUCCUAAUAGGAUUACUUCGGCCAAAGCCAGAAUGGAAACUGUAUAUUAUAAAAUUAAAUAUAAUCUCUUUAUAGAUCUCUUAGAGAUGUACUCAAAUGUGCAAGAAUAUAAAAAAGCUCAAAUGAUCAAGUUUAACAUUUAGUAGUCUUUGGUUAAUAAUGGCUAAGUUUUCUAAGGGGAAAAUCAAGAAGAUCAACUCUCAUUGAAUUUAGAUCUAAGUCAAUUAAAAUCCAAUUAUUUCAAAAAUCAGAAAAUAGAAAAACUGAAAAACUAAUUGAAAAAACAGAUUUUCAAAACUGAUGAUUAGAUUAAAAAGGACUAUUUUAAGGAAUAACUAAAAACUGUAAGUUAAACUUUAAGUGUAUUCGAAACUAUAUAACUUAAAAAAUACUCUAAUUUAAUACCUCAUAAACAUGAUUUUUUUGUUAAUGAACAAAAUUGCAUUUCAUCACCAAAUCACACUCGUUCGCAAAAGUUUUUUAGUAAGGUUUUUGAUUAAAAUCAAGAAUAAAAAGAAAAGAAAUAGCAAAAUACAAAUAAAUUUAUCGAUAAUCAAAUUAAAUAUCAUUUGAAUAAGAAAUUUUAAGGAAUGUUUCGAAAGCAUACUAAAAGUCAUAAUGUUAAAUUGGAAUAAUCAGAUUCAAUAUCAUAUUCAAAAAUUAUUUAAAGCAAAGUUGCUAAACUCAAUCUAACUAAAUCGUAUGAAAAGAUGCAAAGAGCGACAUCGGAAAAUGCUUUCAAACAAGACGAGCGCACCCCUCAUACUCAUUUGUCUCUUCAUAUUCGAUCCUAUCAUAAAGAAAAUCUUACUACAAAUAGGUCAAUUUUGUUUAGAUCAAAUAGAUUAUCAUCUAAAAAACCAGACACACAAGAGUUCAAAUUUUAGAAAAUGAUUUAAUUUUGA